AUGGACUGCAUCUCAGAUCUACAGAAAGACCCACAUCGUGUUUCUGGUUUGGAGCCAAGUAACGAUGUAUCUCGGGAGAUCACAAAAAUCUUUAAGGAAAAAUUGGAUCCCGAAGGAUAUGAUUGGAAGUCAGUUACACCAGAGAUUAAGGACUUCUACUGGGAGGAGUUUAAGAAGCGAUUCCAUUGGAAUAUGACAACUGAAGGUUCCAUAAAGGAUCAUUUUAUAAAAAAAUGUUCAAUACAAUACAAGGGUAUGCUAUGUGAAGCAAGAUCCUCUGAGGAGAAACGAAAAAAUAUCCCAAAAUCUGUUUGGGAGAGCUGGAAGCCUCACUAUGAUACUGACAAUUUUAAGGCUAAAUCUGCACAAUGUUCCAAAAAUCAACUAAGUGAGAAAUGUGGUGAAGGAUCUGGUCCCUCGCGCCAUACUGGAGGCUCCCGGACUCACCGAGAGCAUGCAAGAAAACUGGUCCCCUUCUUGACUGAUGAAUCUGGCAGUAUUGUUGUACUUCCUGUCUCUGCUGAAAGUGCAGGAUUGUUGCCAAAACGUAUAGCUGGAGCAAAAGGUUCUGACAUUGUAUUAGAAGCAAUACUGGAGGCAGAUGUGGAUGCUGUAAUGGCUAAGAUAACAUCUGCAUCUCAGCUUGUAGAUGAAUCUGGCGAGUCUCCGACAGUAGAUUUUUCAAAGAUUUACAUGGAUGAAGUGGGUGGGGUUAAGAAGACAUGUAUAUAUGGUCUUGGUUCUCAAGUUGUUUUCUAUGAGAACGUUGGUUCAUCAUCUGCUUCAACUUCCCAACCUCAAGAUUGUAGUUUUGAUGCUCGAGUGAAGGAAUAA